CUGUGUGACCUGCCGAGUAUCUGCGUGUCAGGGACGGCGCGGACCCCUGGGCCCCACUUCUCCGCAGACCUUCUCCUGCGGCCUUCCGGGGUCCCUGCGGUUGGCAGCGGCGGGAGCCCUCAUCUCUGACUCCUGGGGUUUUCCUACAUGCCCGUUUUCCUCAAAAUGAGUGUUAGUAUUGCCUUCUUAAGACCUUUUGCCAAAUUUUUGGUGCCAUUUACCCUUCAAAGGAAGAGAAGGGUUUUAUAUUCAACAAUUCUGCAGAGAUACAUGUCUUCCAAAAUACCUGCUGUGCCCUUUCCUAAUAAGGAGAGUACAUCACCUCCUGAACAGCUGGAAUUGGAUGGGUGGAAAGUUACAAUGAAAGCUAGUGUGCAAGAUGUUUCAACAGGCUCAAGUUGCAAGGAUGAAGAUCCUCUAGCUGCCACCAGGGAGUUAAUUGAGAUGUGGAGAUUGCUUGGCAGAGAAGUACCAGAACACGUCAGUGAAGAAGAGCUCAAAACCCUGAUGGAAUGUGUUUCUAAAUCAUCAAAAAAAAAAUACUUAAAAUAUUUAUAUGUUAAGGAAAAAAUGAAAAAAGCAAAGCAAAUAAAAAAGGAAAUGAAAGCAGCAGCAAAGGAAAAAGCCAGAAAAGACCAGCUGCCAGAAACCACUAAGGAAGAUAAACAGCAAAACUUUCUAUUUCUACGACUUUGGGAUAGGAAUAUGGAAAUUGCAAUGGGCUGGAAGGGUGCCCAGGCCAUGCAGUUUGGACAGCCUUUGGUUUUUGACAUGGAUUAUGAUGAUUAUAUGAAACCAAAAGAACUGCAGAAUACUGUUUCCCAACUUUUAGAAAGUGAAGGGUGGAACAGAAGAAAUGUUGAUCCUUUCCAUCUUUAUUUCUGCAAUCUUAAAAUGGAUGGUGCUUAUCACCGAGAGUUAGUUAAACGUUAUGGAGAAAAAUGGAACAAAUUGCUUUUAACAGCAACAGAAAAGUCUCACGUAGAUUUAUUUCCAAAGGACAGUAUUAUAUAUUUAACUGCAGAUUCUCCCAAUGUUAUGACUACUUUCAAGCAUGACAAAAUUUAUGUAGUGGGAUCUUUUGUUGAUAAGGAUAUGCAGUCAGGCACAUCCCUAGCCAAAGCAAAACGGCUGAAGCUGGCAACAGAAUGCCUUCCGUUAGAUAAAUAUUUACAGUGGGACACUGGUACCAAAAAUCUCACCUUAGAUCAAAUGAUGCGUAUUUUGUUAUGUCUGAAAAACACUGGUAGUUGGGAAGAGGCUCUGAAGUUUGUUCCUAAGAGAAAACAUACUGGUUUUCUGGAGAUUUCUCAGCAUUCUCAAGAGAUUGUGAACAGAUUAAAGAAGUCAAAGACUUUUAAUUCAUUUCCAAAAGGCUCUCUAAAUAUACGCACAUAGAAAAGGUGACUUGAAUGAGAAUAUUUGAUAGCUUUAAAAGUAAAUGGAUUAGAAAUACAGUUCUAUUAGUCUAUUUCUUCCUGAAUGGAAUUCACUUGCUCUUUCUUUUAAAGGUUGUCUUUCUAAACUAACUGAAGUAUUGUGUCUUUCCCCAAUUAAUUAAAUAUCUGCAAACUUUGAAAAUACAUUUUGUUUACUAUAAAAAGAAACAAUAAGCUUAGUAAAAAGAGUUAUCCAAGCUUGAUGAGUCCAGUAAAACAGCUGUACCAUUGGUGUGGCUUUUUUAUGAAUACUUUUGAGUCUCAGAUUCCAUUUUCCUUCUUGAAUGUUCUUUUAGCCAUGUCAACAACUAUCCUAUAUCCUUGAUAUAGAAAAGAUUUCUAAAUUUCAGGUGGUGGUUCACUUAUUAAGUAACAUUUGGUACAGAGCUGGGCAUGUCAUAGGCAUUAAGGUAUAUUGUUUAACUGAAUCUCUGUUUAACAAAAAGACAUCCUUUGGUAUGUUAUGGGAUUUGGCUAUAUAAUGAAAAAUGGGUUUGGGGGGAUAAAACUCAUUUCUUGUUCUCGUAGAAAAAAAGGGUUUAUCUGAUGAAUGUUACAUACAGCACUUCCCUAUUGCAGGGUAGAUGGCUUUCUUUUCUAGGAAAUACUUCCUUUUCUCCAGUCAUGUGAUUUGAAUGGAGCUGCCAUAUUUUUACCUUGCUCCCCUGGCCACAGCUGAUUAUCCCAAAGGAGACACCUCACUCAAGCUUAGAGAUGGGCAUCUGACUUUAAGAUAGGCCAGUCAGAACCCUUUUCCAGGAUUUUUGGAGUUGAGAACUCUGAUAGCCUGUAUUAGUUCCUUUCUGGUGGUGGACUUUGACAGAUAGGAAGCUCUGGAAUUUGUGGUGGCAAUGUCCUUUUCCUUGAAGGAAGCCAGGCUGUAAUAGGAGAGAGUGAAGCUUACAUACAGAAAUAAGAGCAAUCUCUGGAGCUUCCAAUUGUCUCUGAGGUCCAGCUAUAGAUUUGCUUUUAGCAUUUAUUGGUUGUUCAAACCUCAUGGGAUACCCUGGUGUCCCUCUAAUAAAGUCUUCUUUUGCCUAAGCCAGUUUGAGUUGG